GCUGGUAAGGAAAUCUCUGCCAGCCACCUGUUGAAUCCCCAAGUCUCCAGCAAGCUGCACACAUGUCCUGAGUGCCCUGAGAGUGCUGAAAGCGCAGUAACAACCAACACCGCAGCUCAGGCUGGUGUGGCACUCAGAGUGGCAAAAGAAGCAAGAAUUUCCAGGCCCGAGCCAAAAUGAGCAGGGAUAGAAACUGGAGGGGGAAGAGCUGCCCCCCAAGGAGAGGAUGAACUAACAACUCUGCAGCUCCUGGCAGGGAGCAGCUGGACAAGUGUCACCGGCCAGUCUGGGACGGGCUGCCAUUGCCAUGGUCCGCUCAACUGAACAGGACCAGAUCACUUCCAGCUCCGUGCUACCACCUUGCUUGGUUUCCCCAGUUUUAAUUUCCUUCUCAUUCAGUUAGUUUCAAAUCAAUUUUCAUAAAAAGCUUAUUCAUUCAUUCUGCUGUUGAGAACGGUCUUUGCCCAAGCCUCCUCCUGCAGCAUCCAGCACCACAUAGAGCUGUGAAUGGGGAGGCGUGAAGAGUAGGGAAAAGGAGUUCUGCUUACAUGUUUAAGCAGUAGCGCUCAGAGCUGGAUCAGAGCUGCCCAGCAGACUCUGGGUCAGGGAGCAAACAAGCAGCCUAGCAGUCAUAUAGUAGAGUCUUUUCCAUGCAAACUGUAGAGCUUUGUUUGCACAGUUUGUAGAAUUUGAGCUUUUAUUUGAAAUUCAUUGCUUAGUUACUCAGGCAAUUGAUUUGUUUCUAGGAUCAAAAAGCUGCCCCUAGCCUAGAAAAAAUAAUUUCAUCCCUGACAGUUUUCGCACACAAGGAUGUAUCUUAGAUUAAGUCAUAUCAAUAAUAACUUGCUCACAUGCAGGAGAAAAGGUGGAGGUCUGAACCAAGCUCUGUUAAAUCAAUGGAAAGACUCCUGCUGGUUUCAAGACAAAGCACAGAUCAGUCUCUCCUGGCUGAGUAGAUUAGUUCUCCCUAAUGAGUCUUGACAGUCCCCCAGGCUCUGUAGGUAACUAUAUAUAGCCAGCAAUGUUUAUACAACAUAGGUAGGAUAGGCAGGCAUGGGGCAUAUACAGAAGAUUAAUAUCAAGUAAGUCCCUAAGGUAGAAGCAUCACAGCACAAGUCAUUAUCAACAGCAGGGAGAGGGGCCACGCUUGUCAGACGAUGUAUAGCGAUCAGAAAGCACCACCAGGCACAAAAUUUACAGCAAGAUGUUUUUGGAAACUAUCACCAUGCGGUUCUUGGUGCACAAGCUUAUGAGUUUGACGGGCUGCUUCUAUGUUCUGACACUGGAAAUAACUGGUGAAGGCAACUCGUGAGCACCUGGAGGUAUAGACUGAGCUUGCAGAUGUCUCCCCAGAAUGUCUCACUUUCAGACUCACUGCACGUAGCAAUUUUGGCUUCCAUACUUUGUCUUGUCAUUUACUGGCUCAUCAGAGACAGUCAAAGAGUGAGAAACCUGAGUGGAAAGCAUGUCUUCAUAACAAGCUGUGACACUGGACUUGGAAACUCACUGGCUAUAUGGCUUGACAAAAGGGGAUUUUGUGUCAUUGCUGCAUGUGCCACAGAAAAAGGAAGAAUAGAGCUACAGUCCUGCUCCUCACGCUCACUGAAGACAGUGAACCUGAACUUAGCUGACUCCAACAGCAUUGCCAGGGCUGUGGUGUUUGUGACCAAAGAGACAGCUGGCAAGGGUAAGUGGCAAGGGCUUUUUGGCUUGGUGAGCAACACUGAAGAAACAGCACCUAUAGCACCCACUGACUGGCUGAGGAUUGAAGACUUCCGCUCAGUGCUGGAUGUUAGUCUGCUGGGAUUGAUUGAAAUCACACUCAAGCUUCUGCCACUUCUGAAAAAAGCUGAGGGAAGAGUAGUCAAUCUAAUUAACACCAAAGGCCUCAUGGCUUUUGUAGGGGGUGGCUACACACUGUCCAAAUGGGGCAUGGAAGCUUUCUCUGACACGUUACGGAUAGAGAUGCAGCAUUUUGGAGUGAAAGUAAGCAUUGUUGAGCAUGGUUUCUUUAAGGCAGGAGUAGUUAAUUCAGAUGUCAUUGCGAAAUACCUCUUAAGACUUUGGAACAGACUGACUCCUGAGAUCAGGGACUCCUACGGAGAAAAAUACUUUGUUGAAUAUAUAAAAGCUCAAAGAUCAUCAGUGAAAAGACUCUGUGACUCUGAUAUUUCUAAGGUCAUAAAAUGCAUGGAACAUGCCCUGAUAGCAAAGUACCCCAGGACACGAUACGGAGCUGGAUGGGAUGCAAAGUUCUUUUGGCUAUUUCUCUCCUAUGCCCCAAGCUGUUUAUCUGACAUGCUGCUGCGUAUGAUGUUUCCAGCUCCAGCAGCUAGUGGAAGAUCAGUUCCUGGAGUUCUAAUUAACAUUUAGUAUUAAACCAGUAUCAGCUCUGCAGAAAGAAAUAUUAAUCCUGCCAAAACCAGACGUCCUCUUCUUUACCAGUUACUAGACUGCUUAAAUUCCUUUCAGAAGACACUUUCUCCACCCCCCACCCCUCCUUACCUGGAAUUUCUGAGUUUGCAGAUAGGCUUGUAAAUCCAGCAUGUUUUUGAAGGUCAUUUUUUUUUAUGCUCAGAAAUGAUACCUCUAUAGGAUCUGCAUUCAUAAAUUAUUCAGCUACAAACCUAGUUAAUACUACUCACCCAAUAAAAAAUUUUUAAAUAAGAAAAAAAAAAUCACUAAAAGAAUCAGUUUUUCAAGUAGACUUCAUCAACAUAUAGACUGCUAGUGAACUUGAAAUAAAACGAUGGCCUUUCAGAACCUUACAGAAUGGAUUUAGUCAGAUUUAGACAUCUAUUUCAUGGGCGGUUUGUUCAUGGUCAUAUUCAGCAGUUGCUAAACUUCACAAGCUUCUGAACGCAAGACACGACAUCAAAUAAUAAAAAAGCCCAGCUAUUGCAACAUAUUAAAAAAAUUACAAUUGCAGUAUUUGACCACAUCUAAUCGCCUAACUAUUCAACUGUGUAGAGAUAAAACACAAGCUAUUUUACAGAUAUGCAAUUACAGGGAAAAUCAAAACUACAUCGUACUCUGUUACUAUGCAAACAGAGUAUCCAAACUUAUAUUUUGACUUUCUUCCUAAUAUUAGUAUAGUUUGAGGAAAAUAUUAAAAAUAAUAUACAUUCACAUUUCUUUUGUCCUCAGUGUACUUUGCAAGUUAAAAGGAUGAUUAUUUCACUCAUUAGAUAAAACAGGUCAUUAGCAUAUGCUAUGGCAAAUUAGCUUGACUCUACGAAGAGUGUGUUCAGAAUGGCAAAAUGUUAGUUGAGGUUACUGUGCCUCUUGUACACUAGUUCUAUCUGUUAAACUGUUGGCCAGAGGCUGACAAACUGGUGUUCCUAGAGAUAUUAAAAUUGAAGGGGUAAAGGUUUUAUUUGCUAAAGAGCUACACUGGUGAUUAAUCAUUAACGUGCAAUUCAAUUAAGCUUACAAAAAUACCAUGUGCAGGUCAGAACUCCAAAUGUAAGAAAAGGAGUUUCAUCACCCUCUGCAUGAGAGAGGGGGCGUGUGUGUAUGUGUGUGUGUUUGUACAUGCACAAGAAAGGGACAGAAUGUAAAAAGUGUUUAGUAACCUUUAAGUCAUUGAGGUUUUGUUCUCUGGCAAAGGGCUUCAAAAAUACAUUUAUUUUACCUCAUUUCAUGAUAAAUACCUGCAGAGAGAUAGUUCUACCUGGCCUAACAGCUGUAAAUAGAAUGUACAUGAAAAAAACAAUUGUAUGAUUUAUCAGCCCUAUAGUGGCAGAUUACAGAGAGGUGCUGAAAUCUCAAAAAAAACCAGCUGCCUUUGAAACAGAAUGAGUCCAGAAUUCAGAAUCCAGCCAGGGACUGUCCUCAUAAGGGAAAAAGAAUACAAGUGAAAAACUAAGUUCGGAAUAGAAUCUAAAGCUUCUGUUGAACAAAGAACCAAAAAUUAAAUUUUAUAUAACCAGAAGGGUACAUUGUGGUAUUCCACUGAGAGAAAGAAGCCCAGCUGAAGCU